AUGGAGCCUAGUCAUAAUGGAUUUCGACAACAUCUCCAAAAGUACUUCUUCCACUCGAGAGGCGCAAACAGCAACAAGGGCGCCUCCGAUGCUGCCCUACAAGAGCCUUCAAUCAACACACUGAGCAUUAGCGACAUGCCUCAGGGCGAGUCGAUGCAGCAGCCGACAGGGAUGACUUGGAUGCCACCUGCCUCCCAGCCGCAACAAGUGCCGACGACAGUUCAGGACAACAUCUCAUACUACAUCCGGGAUGAUCACCAACACGUAAACGCAUGGGAGCAGCCCCUGCCGCCAUCCUCGUCGUCGUCGAUGCAGCAACGGUCCACGGAGGCUGUGGCCACGCCGGUCACGAUGGCCCAGGGAUUGUAUCCCCUCAAUGCCAUGAUGGCCGGCGAGGUCCCUCGAGACGCCAACAGCUUUGGCCUAUCCGACGCAUCGAACCGGUGGGCCCAGAAGCCUCUGCCGGACAACUUCGAGCAGCACUCCGUCCUGGACCCGGAGACGCCCAUCGGCCAGGCUUACACCACCGACGACACCGUGCCCAUCCUUGACCUCAGGUACACGACCCCGUCGCAUGACAACGCGGACCAGUUCAACCAUGACGGCAGCGUGGCCAGCCAUCGCAUGUCCGGCUCGUCGUUUGCCAUGUCUGACAUGGCCUCGUACGAAGACUUCUCCGCCGCUCUCUCUGAGAACGUCCCUCAUGUCGACGCAACUCUCUCCUGCCUGCCGCAGUCUCGCCAAGAGCAGGUCAGAACCCAGAGCCGCGGCCGCGCCUCGCCGUCUCCCCGGCCGAGCAUGAGGACUGCCCCUUACGAAGUCACGCGAGGGAACAAGACGCAGCGGUGGUCUACAGGGUCCUACAGCGUGGCCCAGAGAAGGGCCUCUCCGGCUCUCUACCACUCUCCUCCUCCGGUUUCCCAGCGAUACUCGUACCAGUCCCUGCCUGCGCCGGCCGCAGCCUCGGCCUCGGCCAUGUUCCCUAACCAGCAGCAGCAGCAGCAGCAGCCGAUGAACGCCAGACCUCCUUUCAUGAUGGGAGGGCCCUCGACUUUCAACCGGAACAGCAUGGUCCUCGCCUCUCAGUUGCCCACGCAGGUGCCAUCGUAUUUCUACAACCACAACGAGACCCACGGGGUUGUUGCUACGCCCCCGACCCUGCCUUCGCACGGCCUCCUCCGAGUUCUCCAAAGCAACGGCGAGCCGCAUCCGUUGACCGGCCUCUACGCAGACCUGUCGGACCCCCCGGACCUGUUUGGCUGUCUCCAGGAAGAGCAGGCCCCGCCUCCGCCCGAAGACAUGAACCCCUCGGACCCGGAGAUGGUGCCUUAUGAGCAGGAGCUGCGGUUUGAAAACGACCUGUACACCCCGCGCUGGGUGCGAGGACACGGCAACAAGAGGGAGGGAUGGUGCGGCAUCUGCAAGCCUGGAAGGUGGUUGGUGUUGAAGAACUCUGCUUUCUGGUACGACAAGUCUUUCUCGCACGGCAUCAGCGCGGCCACCGGCACUCCGUUCCAGGAGCCUCUUGAUUCGAGACGCAUGAAUGGCAACCCGGAUAUUUGGGAGGGGCUUUGCGGAAGCUGCAAUGACUGGAUUCCUCUUGUCAGCAGCAAGAAGAAGGGGACUACUUGGUUCAGACACGCCUACAAGUGUCACACACACCCGAAAGCCAAAGACGCUCACAAACGCCGUCGAGAAAACAGCCAGCAUCGACCGGGUGGCCAGAUGCCGCAACACGAUUCGCUCCGACCCAUGACGCCUCAAAUGUCCUCUCCGGGCUCCGGUAUGGAGGCCUCGAGCCUGGCCAUGGCGGCCUCAAUGCCUAUGCCUACGCUCCCCAUGGACUCUCGAUAUAUGCCGAUGCAGCAGCAACCUCACGCGCAUGGCGGAAUGCCGCAGAGAUCGGACUCUGUGAGGUCGCAGCAAGAUACGCCUAUGGAUUCGUAUCCUGGGAUGAUUUAG